AUGGCCCUGACGAUCGCAUGGUUCUGGAACGUUGCUACUAGAGAGUUCAGGCUCCUCCCUUUACCCUACUCCAUUUUUCCACCAUAUUUCUCUUCCUUUUGGCAUGUAUUUGGAUUUGGGUUGGACAUCUUGACUAACAAUUACAAGUUUAUUUUGAUUCGCUCAUUUUGGGAUGAGCAAAUGAAUAACCCUUACCCUUUCUAUGUUGUUGCACUAUAUACCCUAGAAGUCAUGCGGCCGCUUGGGUUUUGGAAGAACCAAGAUCUUUUGUGUGAAAGUAACACUUCAUUACUGGUAUUGUACAAGCGUGAUACCAAUGAACCUACGAACCUUGGAAUUCAUGGAGGUGACACAUAUGGUGGCCUUUCGGUUUUUAGUUACAAGGAGAGCUUAGUUUCAGUGAAGGGACCAAAUGAAGACUAG